GCUCCUCAUACCGCAUCUACAUCACCAGGGCCCUCGUUGGAUGGUCUGACAGUCGCUGAGCCCCAUGGCGUGCAAGUCUAAGGUGGCUCCUAGUGUUGACUUUGAUCACAGUUGUUCUGACAGUGUUGAGUACCUGACUCUGAAUUUUGGCCCUUUUGAGAGUGUGCACCGAUGGAGGAGGCUCCUUCCCUGCGAUGAGUUUGUGGGAGCUAGGCGCAGUAAACACACAGUGGUGGCUUAUAAAGAUGCUAUCUAUGUCUUCGGUGGUGACAAUGGGAAGAACAUGUUAAAUGAUCUGUUGAGGUUUGAUGUGAAGGACUGUUCCUGGUGCAGGGCUUUUACUACGGGAAGCCCCCCAGCACCAAGGUAUCACCAUUCUGCAGUGGUUUACGGAAGUAGUAUGUUUGUGUUUGGCGGCUAUACUGGUGACAUCUAUUCCAACUCCAACCUGAAGAAUAAAAACGACCUUUUUGAGUACAAAUUCGCAACUGGUCUAUGGGCAGAGUGGAAAGUCGAAGGAAGAUUACCAGUGGCCAGGUCAGCACAUGGCGCCACUGUAUAUAGUGACAAGCUGUGGAUUUUUGCUGGAUAUGAUGGAAAUGCAAGAUUAAAUGAUAUGUGGACCAUUGGUUUGCAGGACCGUGAGCAAGCUUGUUGGGAACAGAUCGAACAGAGCGGAGAGAUCCCACCUUCUUGUUGUAACUUUCCGGUGGCAGUUUGCAGGGACAAAAUGUUUGUUUUUUCUGGUCAAAGUGGAGCCAAGAUCACAAACAACCUAUUUCAGUUUGAGUUUACUGAGAAAGUCUGGAUGCGUAUCCCCACAGAGCACCUCUUACGUGGGUCACCUCCGCCCCCCCAGAGACGCUAUGGGCACACUAUGGUGGCUUUCGACCGGCACCUGUACGUGUUUGGCGGGGCAGCAGAUAACACUCUGCCCAACGAGCUGCAUUGCUAUGAUGUAGAUUCGCAGACCUGGGAAGUCAUCCAGCCGAGUGUAGACAGCGAGGUGAAUGUGUUUUUUUUGCAGCUGCCCAGUGGCCGUUUAUUCCAUGCCGCUGCUGUUAUAUCUGAUGCGAUGUACAUCUUUGGUGGGACAGUAGAUAACAAUGUGAGGAGUGGGGAAAUGUAUCGAUUUCAGUUUUCUUGCUACCCAAAGUGCACUUUACAUGAAGAUUACGGCAGGCUGUUCGAGAACCAGCAGUUUUGUGAUAUUGAAUUUAUUCUGGGAGAGAAAGAAGAGAGGGUGCGUGGGCACAUUGCUAUAAUAACCGCUCGAUGUGCGUGGCUUAGAAAGAAGAUCAUGCAAGCCAAAGAGAGAGAAAGACAGGUAUGCGCACACAUGAAAUCGAAGCAGGAUCUAGAAGACGAGUGUCAAGGUUCACAGCAAAAGCAGGAAAACACUAAUGGUCAUAUCAAAGGGUCCCGAUCCCAGUCCAUGAUGGAAGUGGCCAUCCGCGAUGCUGAGGCUCGGCCCUUUGAGCUACUGAUGCAGUUCUUGUACACCGACAAGAUUAAAUAUCCCCGGAAAGGUCAUGUACAGGAUGUCCUUCUCAUCAUGGACGUAUACAAGCUCGCCCUACACUUCAAGCUGUCCCGCCUGGAGCAGCUGUGUGUUCAGUACAUUGAGGCCUCUGUUGACCUUCAAAAUGUCCUUGUAGUGUGUGAAAAUGCCAACAAACUGCAGCUGGACCAGCUAAAGGAGCACUGCUUAAAUUUUGUGGUAAAGGAGUCCCACUUUAACCAAGUAAUAAUGAUGAAGGAAUUUGAGCACCUAUCCUCUUCUCUGAUUGUGGAGAUCGUUCGCAGGAAGCAGCAGCCUCCCAUCCGGAUCCACUCUGAUCAGCCCGUUGAUAUAGGUACUUCUUUGGUCCAGGAUAUGAAGGCAUGCCUGGAGGGCGCAGGGAGAGAUUUCUGUGACAUCACUCUGCUGUUGGACGGACACCCCAGACCGGCGCACAAAGCCAUCUUAGCUGCCAGAUCAAGCUAUUUCGAGGCUAUGUUCCGCUCCUUCAUGCCUGAGGACGGACAAGUGAAUAUCUCGAUUGGUGAAAUGGUGCCGAGUAAGCAGGCGUUUGAAUCUCUCCUGCGAUAUAUUUACUACGGGGAGGUGAACAUGCCUCCUGAAGAUUCCCUCUACUUAUUUUCUGCCCCAUAUUACUAUGGCUUCUUCAGUAAUAGGCUUCAGGCAUAUUGCAGGCAGAACCUGGAGAUGAAUGUGACCGUGGAAAAUGUACUUCAGAUAUUAGAAGCAGCUGACAAGACCCAAGCUCUGGACAUGAAGAAACAUUGUCUUCACAUCAUAGUCCAUCAGUUCACCAAGGUCGCCAAGCUGCCGAGCCUGCGAUUACUGAGCCAGCCUUUGCUCAUCAACAUAAUCGAAUCCCUGGCUAGUCACAUCUCUGACAAGCAGUGCGCCGAGCUGGGCUCUGACAUCUGAGAAGCUCUCUGGGACCCUGACGUUGUCUGGAAAUAUCUACCUGAACUUAAAACCAUUCCCCGUUGGCGCAGUAUAGUCGUCGUUACCAAACCAAAACAUGGGACCAAGAAAAUGGCACAUACAUAGCAGUGGGUUACCUGGAAGAAACAAACAGCGCAGUGCUUUAUGUCUUGAUGUGGACCUGUAGGGAAUAAGACUUCUGAUCUAAAGAAGACCAGGCUUCCAAUGUAUCAGGGAAGAUGAGUGAAUGAAAGAACAAAAACACACUUCUCUCCAUCAGUAUUUGUUCCGUAAGUCAGGUCACCCUCUGAAACCUUUUAAAAAAUGACACAACAGCUAUGGGAAGGUUAGAAAACAAACACAUGCAGAAACUGGAUAGUCCUUGAGCCCUCUCCUCCUUAUGAAGGUGGGACUUCCAGACUGACCCAGGAGACAUACAGUAAGACGUGCCAGAACCACUCACAGCUAGCCACAUAGACUACUUCAUUACACCCGGCUCCUGCUACCACUGAAAAUGGACAAGAUUUAUUGCGUAACCCUUCUUUUCUUCAUCUAGAUAACAGUUAUUACACAGUUUAUGGUAGUCUGAAUAUGCACUUUUAUAGUAGGGAUUUAGCCUCUCGUAAUAUAUCCGUCGGGAUGGUAGUAAGUAUCACCUUGGAUGUGUGUCUCUGACACAAUGCAUUAGCAU